CAAACUGUAGCUACUUACAAAGUGAAGUACCUGUCCACGCCCCGAGCCAGGAACCCAGAGGAAGACAAGCUAUUCCUUCUUACAAAUCUCGGAACUACACACGCUGUCCAGAAAUGCGAAAAUCAGAUUUCCAGAUUGCAUGGAAGAAUGUGCCGGUCCGGAAACGGUGAGCACAUCUGGGGCUUCCAAAUCGAGUUUUAGAUCUGCGAAGACGCUCGCCAAUGCUUGGCCGGUGGAGAUGGUAGAUGCUUGCCUGCUUGCAUACUUGCUUACAGAAAGACGGCGGUACUGAACUGGCAGGCACUGCACUAAGAGUCGCUCGCGCGGGUUGACUGCUUACAGUCACGUUCGCUGAAUUCGCUGCCGCUAUCUUUUGGAAAAUUCUCUGUAGGAUUUGAGAGAAUGUCAAACCUUAUCUAUCCAGUUCCAGACCGGAGCAGAGCAGAGCAGAGCCUGUUGGGGGUGUUGGCACUUCUCUCACAAUUCGAGGGCUAGAACGCGAGAAUUUCGGAUCAUGCACCGGGUCAUCGGCUUCUCCACUUAUCUCACCCCUCCGGAUCCUCUCCUUAAACUAAACUUUGGCACUGGAUGUGACUUCUGUAGAAGGGUUGAAGCUUUCAGCUCGUCCACAUUCGGAUCGAACUUCUUUCCCGAAGGUCGAUUCGGUUAUCGUCUGCUGUGGAGGACCUCAAUGAUUUUUGCUUUGACCGGAGUAACAGAGAAUGAUUGCAAGGUUUUGAAUGCGAGCAGCGGAAGCAGAUAAUUCCUGACCCAUGCGAGCAUGAUCUGCAGUCCGGAGGCGUGGUAAAGUGUGGAAACAGAAUUGCAACCAUGCGAACGUUUCACCGAGGCUCUCGGUGCGGAGACGUCUGGCACCAGGUCACAAGAUUCCAACGAUCCCUCGACUGUUGCAUGAAUUCCACAGGCCAAGGAUCUUCCCAACUAUGAAAGAGCUUGAAUCAAUCCGCGCGCUUCGCUGAGAGGGUGGGUGACGAGAUGAGACAGGUCUCCGGGCACCAGAUUUUUCGAGUUUUCAAACCCCCAAAUUCUCUUCUGCGGGCACCACGAAACCAGGGCCCGAUUCAGGACAUAAAUUUCCGCCAUGUUUAGUUCUGCAGGCAGCUUCUCGGCAGGACGUCGUCAACUGAACAGAUGGAGCAUUCCUUCUGAGAAUUCGAAUCCUAAUGCUCGGGCAAAUAUCGGCACUGCCUGUGGGCCUUAGCGCCGCCCUGCUUCCCGCCAGUCUAUCCCGUCGACACAACGACGGCGUGGGCGACGGCGACGGUCUGGCAGGCCCCACGCAUGUACGGCCGUCGUGGUGCGCUGCCAGGCGCGGAGGACAAAGGAACGGUAUUACGAGUGUCAUCCGAGGAUUCUCAGCGCUGUUUCCCGGAUUUAUUUCUGGCGACUGACUGCAGGGCAAAUACCCGGUCCACCGGUAGGCGCGGGCACAACGUGCAGGAUGUCCGGAAGGAUAGAAGCGGCCCCGGAAUCCGCUUGACCAGCAGUCGGGAGUCGUUUGUCCAAGUUCUCUCCUUGGGUGCCUGCAUACUCAACUGACUCUAGGUCAUAAUCUGGACCCAGGGUAUCAUGCAGGUCCGCUCUCGAGCUGUCCCCGACUCCCCGCCCGCAGCCUGCAGCCGUACCCACGUGUCCGAGGUCGAAGACUUGGAGAAUCCACAUCAGCAUUCCCUCAUCCACCCUGUAGGUGUGGCUAGAGCUUGACCCAACAAGUAACCGUCGAUGCGGCUAAGCGUCUUUGUAAUCACCACUCGAGCCAAUUUCCACGCAAGUGUUGUCCUUCCGAGAAAUGGCUCACUUUCGGCCAGAUCGUAAAAGGCGAACAGGAGUUUCACCACAUGCAUCGGAGUAAUUCGGAGCCAUGUAGAAGCUGGUCCCUCUGUCCACAGGGUUUUCCACGUCGCAUCGCGCUCGAGAGCUAAAUUGCUAAAUUGCUAAAUUGCUGCUAAAUUGCUUGGCCUCCAUGCAUGGUCCCAAUAUCAGAUUAUCCAUUUAUUCUUCAACCCGUGUUCUGAGAUUGUCCGUAAUACUGUCG